UCGAUGCAUCUAACAAGACCAAAGUCCUCCAAAGGGCGAAGCAGACCCGCUGUGAACAGCUCCGUGUACGCAGGUGAAGCAGACGACAUCCAGGGGCUGCCGAAGUCUCCCGGCAGCAGCAGGCCGGACAGGAACCUCCGCUCCCGGUCUCAGCCUGCGAUGUGGCCGACCAGCCAGCUGAGCCAGGACCAGGUCCUUCACAUGCUGCAACACGCUCCUGCUGCUCCGCCACAGUCCCUCAACAAGUACAAGGUCCUGCCAUCCAUAGAGAGGAGGCGCUCAGAGCUGAGUCCCGAGACAAGCCUGGAUAAAAACAUGUCCAGGCUCAGUCUGUCUGACGUGACCCAGACCUGCAGGUCCGAAGGGGACCUCCGAGUGCGGCCAAAGCAGCCCGACGCAGCUCCACAAGCCAUCAAAGAGACCGGCGGCUGCGGCAGUUUGCUGCUUGCUGUAAGAGCGCCGUGUGGCAGCAGGUUUCAGCAGCACUUUGAGCCCACGGACACUCUGCACACGGUGAGGAGCAGUGCAGAGGUCAGGUACGGAGGCAGGUACGGGGAGGUUUUCAUAGAGACCAUGGAUGUGCCACGCAGGACCUUCACUGACCUGGAUAUGACUCUGGCACAGUGCGGCAUCCUGAACAGGUCGCUGCUGUGCAUCUCUCACAAUAACGACAGCAUGAGUGAGCAGGAGUGA